AUGGCUAAGGCAUACACCCUCCAAGAGUUUAACGAAUGCAUGGGAAGGGUGACCAAAAUAGAUAGGAAGCUGAGGAGAUACUUGUUUGAGAUUGGUUAUCAUAAAUGGACACGGAUACAUGCAACAGUAAAAAGAACAUGGACACAGACUUCAAACAUAGCUGAAUCUAUAAACAAUGCUACAGUGAAUGCUAGGGAAUUGCCGAUGGCAAAAUUAUUGGAUUUCAUGAGGGAAUUGGUUGAAAGAUGGAAUGCGACGCACAAUGAAGAAGCAAAGAAUACAUUCACAGAUCUUACUAAAAAGUAUCAAGAAAUUAUCAACAAGAAUGGGGUAUUAUCACAUCGUAUGACUGUACGAGCUUCCACUGAAUUUCUACAUACAGUGAUUGAUGGUGUUAGGAGGUUCACAAUGUGUCUUCGAGCUAGGACGUGUACUUGUGGAAGAUUUCAACUGGAUGAGAUACCUUGCGGGCAUGCUAUGGAUGCUAUAGUGUAUAGGCACCAACAUGGAGCGGAAUAUACCUCUGCCUACUACAGCAAUAAGAAUUUUCUCGAUACAUAUGCAAUACCAGUUGUGCCUCUUCCAUGUGAAAGUACAUGGGAUAUACCGAGGCAUGUAAAGGAAGAGAUUGUGUUGCCACCAGAUGGUAAAAGACCACCAGGAAGACCAGCUACCAAACGAAUGAAACCAUUCCACGAGGGAAAAUUUAAGAAAUCAACAGUGACAUGCAGCAGAUGUGGUACAAAAGGCCACAAUAAGAAGACCUGUAGCAAUAUUCCAAAGGGAAAUUAA